CUCGUUGGUGAUGGGGGACAGUGGGAUAGUCAGGGUUCCAUAACUAAGCUCCCAGCAUAGAAUUUCCACGCCGCAGUUCAGGCGCCAUGGCAACCAGGGGAAAUAAACACUACGAGUUUCACAGUCCAAGCUCUGCCGUGACGUCAUCUCCAGCUCCAGCCUGCUGGGGCCUGUGCUGACUGUGCCCCAGACAGCCUUAGCUGCUCAAGCUGGAGAACUGUCUUCCUUCCCAGCUUCCUCCGUGUCUGGGGUGGGGGGUGGGGGGUCUCAGGCAGGGAUACUCUAGCCCCUUGACUGCUGUUUAGACCCUGCUGUAGCUGCUGCUGCUCCCUCCCCAGCCCCAGCCAUGAAACUGCCCAAGGGGACCAGGAGCUCUGUGUACUUUGCACAGCACCCAGAAAAGGAGCCAUUGCCCUCGCGGCAGGAGGUCAAGCAGACCCCUGUCAUCAUGGCCAAGAUCAAAGGUCCGGGGCCCGCCAAGUACCUCCGGCCAUCCUGCACGGGCUACAUAGAUCAUGACAUCUCCAUGUUCAAGGCACCAGCUUAUACCCUGCAUAGCCGGCACUCAGAGAAGCGGAUGGUGUGCCACAGCAGCCCUGGGCCUUGCUAUCUCUUGGAUCCCAAAAUAACUCGGUUUGGAAUGUCCAGCUGCCCGCAGGUCCCCAUGGAGGAGCGCAUCUCCAACCUGCGCCUGAACCCCACCCUCGCAUCCUGCCAGUACUACUUUGAGAAGAUCCACCCACCGGGGGAACGCAGGGCUCCCCAGUACACGUUUGGCUACCGGCGCCCAUACAGAGUGAUGGACCCCAACCCGGCUCCCAACCAGUACCAGAUGCCACUCUUGCUGGGGCCCAACACCCCUGUCAGCCGAGCUGCUCCCUGCUACAGUCUGGCCUCCAGGGACAAGAACUGGUUCUACAAGGAGGAUGUGGCAGGAGGCCCUGGACCUACCACGUACGCCCGACCUGAGCCAUCCAUCUAUCAGAACCGCAGCCCUACUUACAGCAUGGCCAAGCGCUUCGCCUACCCUCUGGACCUCACGCCACGGCCUGGCCCUGGCUCCCACGAGGUCCAGCAGGUCACUGUUCACAAGCCCCACAUCCCUGCUUUCACCAUGGGCAUCAAGCACUCACUCCACCUGUGCCCACUGGUCAUCGACAUUUGUGACUGAGGUCCCUCUUGGGGCACUCACUGCCCCUCAUCCCCAGAAAUUAUUUUUCUACACCAAAUUGAGCAAUUUGACCAAGAUUUCUAGUAGCAGAGCCGGAACCUGCUGAGUGUCCAGCACACAGAAGACAUUAGAGAUAUAUUUCCAUGUA